UAUAUAAACGAUCUCCAUAGUAACUGCUAUUCGCCUCAGCGGAGCAUCGUCGGAUCUUUACCACAGACAAUCACUUCGAAACAAUCCCGCUAGGAACUGUUUUCCUCUAGUUUUGUUUUAAUAUUUUGUUCUGUUUAACACAGUUGCUCUGCUGAAUACUUGGCAGUGCGUGAAUGGGAAUCAAAGACACAUUUCUGCUUCGUUAGCCCGCUAACGUCUGGAAUGGAUCAGUACAGUAUUCUGGGCAGGAUCGGGGAAGGAGCUCACGGAAUUGUUUUCAAAGCCAAACACAUCGAGACUGGAGAGACGGUGGCUUUGAAAAAAGUAGCUCUGCGAAGACUUGAAGAUGGGAUUCCGAACCAGGCCCUGCGAGAAAUCAAAGCCCUGCAAGAGAUCGAGGACAACCAAUAUGUGGUGAAGCUGAAGGACGUCUUCCCCCACGGCACGGGCUUUGUGCUGGUGUUUGAGUACAUGUUGUCAGAUCUAUCAGAAGUCCUUCGGAAUUCCCAGCGUCCUCUCACCGCGUCCCAGGUCAAAGGUUACAUGAUGAUGCUGCUGAAAGGAGUGGCUUUCUGCCACGAGAACUCCAUCAUGCACCGGGAUCUGAAGCCUGCAAACCUUCUAAUCAGCUCCACGGGUCACCUGAAGAUCGCUGACUUCGGUCUGGCCAGGCUCUUUUCCAAUGAAGGAGAUCGUCUGUACAGCCACCAGGUGGCCACCAGAUGGUACAGAGCGCCAGAACUUUUGUAUGGUGCCCGGAAAUAUGAUGAAGGAGUUGAUCUCUGGGCAGUGGGCUGUAUUUUUGGGGAGCUGUUGAACAACUCUCCACUUUUCCCCGGAGAGAAUGACAUUGAGCAGUUGUGCUGUGUGUUACGAGUGCUGGGAACCCCCAACCAGAAAGUUUGGCCAGAAAUAACAGAACUACCGGACUACAAUAAGAUCACGUUUAAAGAAAACCCCCCCAUUCCUUUGGAGGAGAUCGUGCCGGACACGUCACCACAAGCUGUGGACCUGCUGAAGAAGUUCCUCGUCUAUCCGUCCAAACAGAGGAUCAGCGCUAGACAGGCUUUGCUCCAUCCGUAUUUCUUCACAGACCCUCUCCCGGCUCAUCACUCAGAGCUGCCCAUCCCUCAGCGAGGAGGAAAGCACUCCAGACAGCGCAUGCAACCCCCUUAUGAAUUCACAGUGGAUCGACCUUUACACGAGAGCUUGGUGGACCCGAGUCUGAUCCAGAGACAUGCGCGGAGCUGUUUAUGACAGCGGUAUGAGCACAAAUGUAGGGCUUUGUACUUUGUUUCACAGCAGGAAGUGGCCCAUUAAGUCAUACACAUUUAUUUCAUUUUUUAAGGACAAUGAAAAAAUUGUUAUAAAGCUGUGUUAUACAGGAAUAGGCUAUAUGAUGUUUCAGUAUUGCUGAAUAUACUUUUACUGAACAUUUUUAGCUUUAUUUUUCUGUGAUAUGUUUAAAUUCCAUCAAAUAUUUUCAAGAAAUGAUCAAUUAUUAGUAAUCAAUACAUAAAAAGCCAUAAUUAUGACAAAAAGUCACAAUUUGUCACAAUUAUGAUUUUUGUUCGUCAGUAUGAUUUACCAAAGCAUGCUUUGUCAUUUCUUGAGGAUGAAAAAAUAAAUAAAUGUUCAAAUUCUCUGUUAUACAGGUUAGAGGUUAUAUAAUGUUUCCGUUUUGAGUAUACUUUUAGUAAACUUUCAAAUGGCCUAUAUGUAACUUUUUUGUGAUGAUUAAAUUUCUAAUAAAGAAAUAAUCAGUUAUGGGAUGAAAAUUCAAAAUUAUGACAUACUAAGACAUUGUCAUAUUUAUGAGAUGAAAGUCAAAAUUUGUAUGUCUUUUUUUAAUGUCUUUUAUGUCAGAAUUUUGACUUAUGAUUUACUAAAGCAUGAUUUGUCAUUUGUUGAUGAUGAAAAAAAUGAAAUAUUCAGAUAAUUAUUUAUAAUGCUCUAUUAUACGGGAAUAGAUGAUGUAAUGUUUCAGUUUUAGUGAAUUUUCAAAGGGCAUGUCUAACUGUAUUACAUGCUGUAGGUUACAGAACACAUUCUAGAGGAGUAGCCUAUUUGACUUGAUAUCAUCUCAAGCUGUUUUACUUACUCCACUUCAGAGGAAUUGUAAAAUGAGAAUGGAAAAAAACAAAACGAUUCUUCCUUUUUCCUCAACAACCAUUAACCUUAUCACACCAGCUGGUGUAAAUUAACUGGUUUAGGUUUUAUUCAGUUAGGUGGAACUUUAUAUGGUAAUGGUUGCACCAGAACAGGUUUGGUCAUGUAGUUCAGUGCCAACACUCUUCACAGCACCAUGUUUUGCACCAAAGAACAAAUCGCCAGGUUACUACUGUAGUUUUAAUUAAAUUAAAUUGAUCAAAAGUGACAGUUAAGACAUUUAUAAUAUUCAUUCUAAAAAAAAUUCUACCUUUCAAAUGGUCGUUACAUUGUUGAAAAGCUGUGAAGGAAAUUAGUCUUAUCACCGAACAUGCAAACAACGAGUUUCUAUUAAUAGUGCAUAAAGCAGUUCUGUUCUUGUUUUAUAGCUUAGAUUAUGUACUUAAAUACUGAAUUACUUUUUUUAAUUUCACUUAAGUAAUUUGACCACUAACUCAGUCGUAGUGGUGAAUCAUUUCACACAACCUCAAAGGUGGAGGCAAAUAGUGUAACUUCAGUGAAUCUUCUGUUAACAUAGACAUGAUAGUGCAGUCAGGGCACAUAAACUCCAGACCAGGAGUUUUGUUCUGUUGUGGUCUUUUAAAAAUGUCAUACUUUAUAUUUUUAGCUGAAUGACAGACACUCUCUAACACACCGCAUCAUUCACCGCUCUAAUUUCCCUUCUGAACAAUGGGAAAGAAAACGGUACGCUUUGAUUAACAAAUGACUUCCACAGCCCUUCUCUGUGUGCCUGUGGUCAGGCUGGAUGUCUUUAGAAUGAUUGCAGCAUUUGUCUCUAUUUGCAUCGGUGCGAUCCGCUCAACUGUCCACUUGUGUUACAUAUUAAGCUGCGCUUUGCAUCUGUUAUUGGCUCCACUUUCCCUUUUGCUUGUAUCAAGAUUUUUUUACAUUGGUUAUAAUUCAUCGAAUUCAUAGCAAGUUUAGUUAAAGGGAUAGUUCACACCAAAAUAAAUACUGUAAAUACUUUGCUAAUAUCUUGUUAAAAUAUCUUGUCAGAGAAUGUUUUGGAAAUUUGGAAAGAGAUGAGAGUGAGUAAAUGAUGGCAGAAUUAAUUUUCAUAUUGUAAGUUUAAUUUCUCUAUUUUGUAUUUUACGUUAUUUAAUUUGAGAUAUAUAAUAAAGAAAAUAUUUGAGAA